GCAGUCCUCGUGCAUACUCUGCAUAUCACAGGCUUUGGUCUCUCCUCUCUUUCUAUAGCUGUUGCAGGACUGGCUAUGGCCACCACUACUUCCGGGUUCCGUCAUUUCAUUCUCCCGCCGAUCAGCGCUGCAAACUGACUCUGUUCUAUAAGCAAGCUAGCAGCCAACCUGCCAACACUCGCUGACACUCACUCAUCUCAGACCGCGAGAAAGACGAAAUACCUACGGGAGAAAGGAAAGAUCUGAAUUGCAAUCUCUUAAUUUCUAUCGCUUUUUCUUUUUACAGUAAUAAUAAAACAAGAUAGCGAUCCAAAGGCAUAAAGGAGACACGGAGUUGUUGGAAGAAAACGGGCUAAAAAGAUUCAUCCUCUCUUGAACAUCAUCACCAACCAUCAUUCAUUCAUUACCUUGACAACCCCUGGCUUUGAUUGACAGCUGGAGUGGCAAAAAGCCAUGAGACACGACAGUUUAGUUACAUGCAGGUUGUUGAUGGGCCGAUUGUAACCUUCAGUUUGGUGCUUGACAAUUUUUUUCUUUUUUUGGGGAAAGAGGAAAACAAGAAAAAUUGCAAAACUCCUCCUGAUGCUUCUGCUUGUUCUGAACCACACUGGAGAAUAGGAGAAUUCACUAAGUUGGUUGAAAAAGGAAUCUUACCACUAAAUCACUUUCUAACCGGACUGGGAUAUUAAAUAUACGACACAUCCAGGAGUUUAUUGGAGCGCAGCCUGAUGGCGCAAAGGUACGAUGAGCUGGCCCAUUACGGUGGAAUGGACGGAGUGGGGGUUCCAGCGUCCAUGUACGGAGAUCCGCAUGCCCCUCGACCGCUUCCCCAAGUGCAUCACUUGAAUCAUGGACCGCCGCUUCAUGCCAGCCAGCACUACGGUGCACAUGCACCCCAUCCCAACGUAAUGCCCACGAGCAUGGGCUCCGCAGUCAACGAUGUUUUAAAGAGGGAUAAAGAUCAAAUUUAUGGUCACCCGUUAUUCCCCUUGCUCGCGCUGGUUUUUGAGAAGUGCGAGCUGGCUACGUGCACACCCAGGGAGCCCGGAGUAGCAGGCGGGGAUGUCUGUUCCUCCGACUCCUUCAACGAGGACAUCGCAGUCUUUGCCAAACAGGUGCGAGCAGAAAAACCUUUAUUUUCUUCAAAUCCAGAGUUGGAUAAUUUGAUGAUUCAAGCCAUACAAGUAUUACGAUUUCACCUUUUGGAAUUAGAAAAGGUGCACGAGCUCUGCGACAACUUUUGCCACCGGUACAUUAGUUGUUUGAAAGGGAAAAUGCCAAUUGAUCUAGUUAUUGACGAACGGGAUGGCAGCUCAAAGUCGGACCACGAGGAGCUCUCGGGAUCUUCAACCAACCUAGCUGAUCACAACCCGGCGUCCUGGAGAGACCACGAUGACGCCACCUCCACGCAUUCGGCUGGCACACCCGGGCCCUCCAGCGGGGGACACGCCUCACAAAGUGGAGACAACAGCAGCGAACAAGGGGACGGUCUGGACAACAGUGUGGCUUCUCCGGGCACGGGGGACGACGACGACCCCGACAAGGACAAAAAACGGCAGAAAAAGCGCGGCAUCUUCCCCAAAGUAGCGACGAAUAUCAUGAGGGCGUGGCUGUUCCAGCACCUCACGCACCCCUACCCUUCUGAAGAACAGAAAAAACAGCUAGCCCAAGACACAGGCCUCACCAUCCUACAAGUAAACAACUGGUUCAUUAAUGCCAGGAGAAGAAUAGUACAGCCCAUGAUUGACCAGUCAAAUCGAGCAGGUUUUCUUCUUGAUCCUUCAGUGAGCCAAGGAGCAGCGUACAGUCCGGAAGGACAGCCCAUGGGCAGUUUUGUGCUGGACGGUCAGCAACACAUGGGGAUCCGGCCAGCCGCUCUACAAGGCAUGGCGGGGGAACGCGUACCUCAGAGCGGUCCUGCGGGCAUGAACAUGGCACUGCCCGGCUACACCCCUCCCCAGAUGGCACCUCACCCCUCCCAGUUACGACACAGACCCCCCACGCACCCGUACCUACCCGGCCACGCCCACCACCCAGCCAUGCUGAUGCACGGAGGACGCCCCUCCCCCUUCAUCCAGGAAUGACCAUGCCUGUGCAGAGACCCCCCCUGUUGACCCCCAUUGACCCCAGCGCCGGUGGACAAGUCCUGGACAUCCACGCCCAAUAGUAUAAGGGAACGUCACAACAAAACAACAGCAACUAAAAGAAAAAAAAACAACAAAAAACAAACAAAAAAAAAAACAAAAAAACAAAACUAUUUUAAGACUAUUUUUAAGACAAAAGAGAAAAAAGACACAUUUUGACCAGAAUUGACACUAAAAAUGGAAUUCCAGACGAGCUGUGAUGAUUUUUUUUAACUUGUCAAUUUUGUUACUUUCAACAACGGAGGACCAAGCUGACAAGAUCACUUUGUAAAGUCUUGGGCUUUUGUUAAUGAUCAACAGAAGAUGUUUUGACUUCUUAAACAUGAACACAUGCACACAUAUACACAUGCACACUAAACAAAAAAAAUACACACAAACACUCUGAAGUGACACGCGCAAUUUUAAAGAAAUCACUCUGGAUGAUUAAAAAAAAAAAAAGAUAAAAAGACUCCAAGAGUUAUAACUACUGUAGUAUAAAAGUAUAGAAACUAAGUUAAAACUUGUGCAUUUUCGUUGGUCACUCAAUUUAUGUUUCCUGAGCUAGUUCUAGAAUAAAAGUUUAUCCCCACUUUCACACUGUGUGUGUUGUUCCCAAAAGAGAGACUGUCUUGGUGCAGCAAUAAAGAGAACAUCUCAGUAUCUUUUCGAGCGCCCGAAACACAGAGACUGCAGUGGGCAAGCUGUGUUAAAUAAGGAACAGAACUACCACCUAAAGAUGCUGCUGGACAACACCUGAUCUCUCCGGAAAAUUCAGUUUGAACAUUUUUCAUGCCCUUUCUUUGGUUCUUGAAUGAAUGUUGCCCUGUAGGUAAAGUUCUUAGUUUGAAUUGCCCAAGCACUGGAUCGUGUUGGUUUUAUACAUUUUUAUUUUAAUAUUAAUAUUAUUAUUUUUGUUUUCGUUUUUUUUUUUUUUUUUUUUUGUAUCCUGGACUCUGACUGAAAGAGGCUAUUGAAGGAAGCUUAAAGUGGAAUAGCAGCACCCUGCAAUAGUUCUUGGCCUUUGGAUCAAUAUAUUUGCCACAUGGACAAUACUGACACAACGGUGGAUUCUUUGGCACUGAGAGAAGCUAUUGAUGGUUGAUGCACCAAAAACCUAAAAAAUAAGAAAAAAAAAGAACUUAAAUUAUGAACUCAAAGCUUGGAGAAAAGCUUAGAGAAUAUUGUAACAAACUUCGUACAGAGUUCAGUCUAUUAAUUGUUUCAUGUUAGAUAUUCUAUGUGUUUACCUCAAUUGAAAAAGAAUGUUUUUGCUAGUUUCAGAUCUGCUGUGGCAUUGAUAUUGUAUGUCCAUGAAUUCCUUCCUUUUUCAGCACGUGUUCCUCACUAGAAGAAAAAAAAAUGCUGUCUCCCUUAAGCUUUGUCAAAAAUACAUUAAAUACUUGUAUGAGGACUGUGACGUUAUGUUUAAAAGGUGUUCAGUCACAAAUGCUGUAAUAAAUAUUUCAUUUUUUGAUUUUUGUUAGAUUUUUGUGUGCUUAAGUGUGUAUUGACAAAUGGCGUUACCUAAUGGGUCUUCAGAAGGAAUAUUCCCAAAGUAUUAUUAUUAUUAUUAUUAUUAUUGGUGUUGUUUUGUUGUAUUACUUUUAGUUUUAGGUGUUUACUAGAAUUUUGUAAGUCGUGCUAUAUGUCUAGUUCUGUCUGCAAGGCUACGCGGAGAAAGACUUAGUUGCGCAUGGCGUUCUGUCCUCCUAAUAACAUGAGUCACCUGUAGGUGUUAUGCAUAAUGUCGAUGAUAGUGAUAAAAUGAUCCAAUAAACCAGAAUAGUACGCGAUAUACAUAGCAAUAUGCAUUAUAACGAGUAUAACUGUUUUGCCUUUUAUAAUCCGCUCAGAAAAUAUUUUCGAAGCAUAAAUUAUGCUUUUUGAUUUCGCCUUU